AAUUCCAAGAAACAACGAAGAUGUCGAAGUUCAUGCUGCUCGUUUUUGUAACUCUUCUUGCUAGCACACUUAUCGUGGCUGCUCCCGAUAACUCACGCUGCGGUCGGCACGGUGACCCCUGUGUGGUUGAUCGUGAAUGCUGUCAAAGCAUAAGAUGCAACGCACAGGCGCAUAGAUGCCAAGUCAUUAUCACCGCCGAGGAACUUAUGGCUCAGAGAGAACGAAUUUUGGGCAAGAAAGGAAAAUCUUACUGAUCAACUAUUAACCCUUUCUUGAUCGCGCAAUCAUGGCAAUAAAUAAGAUAAAUAAUUUUUCAUUUAUAUAAAGAUAAUCAUUGAAAUUAUAUGGAGUUAUGGCAUAAUGAAAAUGUCAUCUUUAAUUAUAAUUAAAAAAAAAAAAAAUCAUCUUUAAUUAUAUUAAAACGAAAAUAUUUAGAAUGUAUACAUUGAAUAAUAAAUAUUAUAAAUCGUAA